GUAAAAAAUAAACAAGGCAGGAAAUUGAGAUAAAUCAGUGUUUCUGGUAGCAUAUUAAGGAUUUGAUGUAACUUACUUACUAUGGACAGAUAUACUAUAGUGCUCUGUUCAAACUGGGAAAUAAGUAUAAAUGAUGAUGUUAUUAAAAACCUUGGUAAAAGUUUCUCUGAGAGCACUACCUGGAGGUGUCCGAGAAGUGGUCAGCUGCACCAAAGUCAGAGGUUUAUUAGUUCCAUUUUGAUGCCGUUGGAAGAGAGAGAAGUGCCAAGUAACGAGUCGGAUUCAAGUCCGGACAAGUGGACUAAAGUUCCAGAGUCUGGAGAAGAUGAAUUGGUCACAUUCCUUCAAGAGAUAGUCAAAGAAAAUACUGAUGAGGUGGAGAAACCGGUUGCUGAUGCAAUCCAUGGCCUCGCUGACAAUUUGCCGGACUCAGGGUACUACGUGGAUAUUUUAUGGGUUUUAGGAGACAAUCAAGCCCCUGACAUCAGCGAGAAUGUCUCCCUUUAUGGUGCUUUGAAAAGGAUGAUUGAAUGGCAUAACGGACGUAUAACAUUCGUUACUAGUAGUGUGGAUACUGGCCACCUGGCGGCAUCACCUUGGGUCAAGUUUCUCCAAGUUGUUAUCAAGACACCUGCUGAUUAUCUCAUUGAGGACUUAGUCUGGAGGGGAAGAAUCAAUGUCACAGAUCAAAAGACCAAGGCGUCCCUCACAUUGCCAGGAUUCGUUCUUCAGGCAUCAGGAGACAAAAUAAGUGAUAGCAGUGCUGAUUUAAUGAGUAAACUCUUCCCCAAGUCUCCCUCACCGAAAAGGUCCCACUCUGUUAGAAAAACGCGGCAGGACAAAUCAUCACAAAAAGAGGGUUUGUGUUUAUCGAGCCGUUUGGAGUUCCUUGAGGAGAUUCCGUAUACCAAUGUGCCUUCAUUCUUUGUCACGAACAGACGCCUGGAGUUGUCAUUGUUGGAAACCGGUUCAGAUUCGGAAGCAGGGGAGCUGACAAAAUCAGAAGUUCUUUUCAAUCAUAUACAACAAAAUAAAAAGAUGUGUUCCUUUAUGAGACUGUGGUUCAGCACCAGCCAACCCAAGAGAAUAAAACCUGUGAAGAAGAAAGAUCCUAAUGAGAAAGAGAAGACUGGCACAGACAUCUGGCAGAGCAAGUUACUACAGAAUGAACUUACAAUGCCAGAGCAGCCAUUGACUGGUCCACUAGACUACUACACCUUCCUCAUCCACCCCGGUGAAAAGGGCAAACUUUCGGCCUACCUUCUUCGGCAGCCUCGAGAACUCAACGGAGGCGUCGUAGAAAUACUCAUGAAGUGCCCAGGACCAGUUCCCAUCAACCAGAGUCACACGCAGAACGUCCACCAACUUUUGAAACAGUUACCGUCCAUGGCACCGGAACUGAUCACGCAGAUGAAUGAGGAUAUUUUUGGUCUGCAGACGACUGUUCUGCAGAAAUGGAUAGCUGAGCAGGAAGAGAAAGAAGAGCUUGCCACACUGUCAGAAAGUGAGCUCUACUUUCUGCUCAACACAGUCCGAGAAACGUACAUAGGCAAAGUUCAGGAAAAAAUUGUAUCGAAACCGACAAAGAUCAAUGAUGUGUCUCAUCUGACGUUCAGAACUCCUCCUUCAGAACUUGACCUUGACCCAUGUGAAUGGUUAGAAAGAUAUGCGCUCACUGAGAGAGAAAAUACGGAGAAGAUGCAACGGAUCAAAUCCAUGGACAGAAUAGGUGGCGUUCCCCCGCCCCCCAAAGAAAAAGAAGAUGAUUCACUAAAGUUGGAUGCCGCCCAAUUCCUGAAAAUGUUUGCCCCAACGGGUGCGCCAGUGGCAGAGUGUCUCAGUCCCAUUAGGUGUCCAAAUGCUAAAUCUCGUCUCAAAUUACCAAAGUACAACAGUAGAGAAGUGAAGAAUGCUGAAUGGCCAGAGUGUACAAAAUAUAACUAUCACGGAAUAUAUUACAAUGCAUCGUCUGAGUCUGAACUGCAAGAGGCCCGCUUCGGUCGAAUACGCGAUCGCUACAUCUGGCAUGAAACCUCGUCCACAUGCACCUUGGAGCAGAAGGCUAAACCUGCAACUGUCGCUAUGCUAAAGUCGUGCAUUUCAACUAAACCUAGGGACAAGAUUGAGUCAAAGUUUCCUAGGAAUGGUUCAUCGGAUGAUUUUAGCAGAGAGAGACGUGUGGCACCAAAAAGGUCAGCAGCUAAAACUACAGAUGCUCCACCUAGUGGCAAGAAUAGAAAAUCUCCUCGGUUGAGUAAGACGGAGGGCGCAAAUAAAUCGGCAGGACUGACAAAACCGGCAGAGGAUCAGACGCAAAAUGAUGAAGCCAUCGCGGAGACAGCACUUGAUAAGAAAGCUAGAGACAAGGCCAAGGCAAUAAGUAGAUCUGAACGACAUAAAAGGAAACUGCAAUCUAUUGUUGAUGACGUACUGAUCAAGAAGGGGAUGACUACUGACAACCCGGCUCACAAAGCUUGUAGUGAAAGACUGUUCAGGGUGACCAAGGCAUUUGUUAUGGAUCUGAAGUCUUCGUGGAACCUCUCAGAGGAGAUGAGAAAGAUAGCUGAAGAACAAGUACAGAUGGUCAUCGACUUUCAACUCAAGAAAAACAAAAAAGAAUCUGAAAAGAAGUGAGGGAAACUUUUCUUGGAAGAGUCACCUCCCGUUUACAAUCUUUUGCAGAACUUUCAUUGAAGAACUAUGCAACCAACAAUGAAAGGUGUGAGAUGUUGUGCAAUGCAUUGGCAUUAUUGUGAUACAGACAUUCAUAAUUAAGAACUGUGACAUGGACAGCUAUUAAGGAAGGACAGCAUUAUUGUGAUACGGACAGUUUAGAAAUAAGAACGUUGUCAUUGACAGCGGUCAAGGGAGGUCAAGUUUAUUUAUCUCGGACGGCUGUGUUUGUUUUCAAUGACAGUAAAAGACUCAAGAGGAGAAAUCUGUGCCGUUCGGCUCAAGAUGACUCUUUUAGGCAGCCUUCAUCAUCAAACAGUUUUUCUGAGGCAAAACAACAACAACAACUAUGCAUUCUGUCUUGGCCGUGAAGACAAUGUCACAACCUAGUCUCUUCUAUUCACAAUCUGUUCAUCUCCAUUAUUGACAGGGAAUUCUCUUGCAAAUAAAAGGGAUAUUUUAUUCA